AACGCAUCCCGGAAGCCUUCCAGGUAGCCAAUGGCACGGAAGAACGCGGCUCAGUGACGCACUUCCGGCCAGCUCAGCGCCCCGCUAUUCUGGUGUCGGGAGGUCGGUGCUGCGCGGCUCGCUCAGUCUCUCUCUGUGUGUGUGUGUGUGUGUACCUGCGAGGGAACCGAACCGAACCAGGAGCGCAAUGGUUUUGCUGACCAUGAUCGCGCGCGUGGCGGACGGGCUGCCGCUCGCCGCCUCCAUGCAGGAGGACGAACAGUCGGGUCGGGACCUGCAGCAGUACCAGAGCCAGGCCAAGCAGCUGUUCCGCAAGCUCAACGAGCAGAGCCCCAACCGCUGCACUUUGGAGGCCGGAUCCAUGUCCUUCCACUAUGUGAUCGAGCACGGCGUGUGCUACCUGGCGCUGUGUGAGGCGGCUUUCCCCAAGAAGCUGGCCUUCGCCUACCUGGAGGACCUGCAGGCAGAGUUCCACGAGCAGUACGGGAACAAGGUGCCCACGGUGUCCCGGCCGUACUCCUUCAUCGAAUUCGACACCUACAUCCAGAAGACAAAGAAGUCGUACAUCGACAGCAGGGCACGUAGGAACCUGGGCAGCAUUAACACAGAGCUGCAUGAUGUGCAGAGGAUCAUGGUGGCCAACAUCGAGGAGGUGCUGCAGCGAGGAGAGGCCCUCUCAGCUCUGGACUCCAAGGCCAGCAACCUGUCCAGCCUCUCGAAGAAGUACCGCAGUGACGCGAAGUACCUGAACACAAGAUCCACGUACGCAAAGCUGGCUGCCGGUGCCGUCAUCUUCAUCACCCUCAUCAUUUAUGUGCGUUUCUGGUGGCUGUGAGGGCCGAGCACGUUUGCCAA